AUGACCGAUUACACCGCGUUCGCGAGUCCUGAUUUCGAUCCGAACGAAUAUGCCAAUGCCAUCCUCGCGACUGAUCCCUAUGCUGUGGACACCAAGCUUGGAAACAAGAGCUCGGCACAUAAAGCGACUCAGGAUUCCAUAGCAAAGGAAGACAUAUCAGUUGCCAUUUCGAAACUUACGUUCGGGAUAGAUGACGUAUCGAAGCAGAUUCGGAACCUAGUCACAGCUCAUCAUGAAGACCUUUUGACUCAGGCCUCAAAUGCAAAUGCAUUGUCUGGUACUCUGGUAUCGGUGCGUGCUGGUCUAAGCGACCUGGAUAACUCUGUUGAAAAACUCCGCGUCAAAGUUCAUGUUCCAUAUGACACUCUUCAAACACUAGUCACCCGUUUGCAACGAUUUUAUCAAGCAUCAGAUCUGUUGAGAAGGACCUCACGUUUUGUAAUUCUUGCUCGAAGACUACAGGUUCAAAUGAACGAGGUUCGCGGCGUGAAGAAUUCGUUAGAGAAAGGCACCAUCGACGAAUUAGCCUCAGCGACGGUCGCGCAUGCAAAGGAUAUAGAGGACGAGAAGGAAAGGGCCAUUGCAAAGGCUGCCCUUAGCAUCGCCGAAUUAGGAAGUCUUCUAUCUGGGCCGGAUCCCAGCGAUGAAAAGGAUGAUAAAACGGCAGAAGAGAAACUGUAUAUAGCACUCAGCUCGAUUAAGGUGGUGGCAGCUCACGAAGCUUUCAUCGACGAAGCAAGGGCCAUCAUCACCACUGAAAUGGAAAACAUGGUUUUGCGCGGCUUGUCAACCCUUAACCAACCGUUACUGGCUUCGUCACUUCAAACGGCGUAUAACCUGAGAAUCCUCCCAACACUGGUACAAAGCCUUUUGUUUGAUCUGUCCCAAGCGGUGGAGGACCGCAUACGGAGUGCUUUUGAUUUGAACAAGAUCUCAAAGGAUGCCUCUGCGAAAGGCUGCAACGGGCUCCCAGACACCGCAAAUGUACAGGUCCCGUGUCCGAACAGAACCCACAAACGUGACCGCGCCGCAAUGGUGUAUGCGUUGGAAAAAGUCCUUAAGAUCAAACGAGAUGCUACAUCACAAGUCAUCUUUCUGGAUGAAGCAAUGAAGGUGUUGGAAAAUAGGCCCAGUGCAACGUUCUGGAUGUCGCUUAGCCGCUCUCUUCAGAAGCAUUUCCAGGAUUCUUCUAAAGGAUCAAUAUUUCUUCAGCAAACAUUGUCGUCGGGCUACCCUCGCCUGUUACGAUUAUUCCAUGACUUCUUCGGCAAGAUUGCUGUCCAUACGGAUACAGUUUACAGCAGCACGUUCCAAAGUCCAGAAACCAUUCUUUUACUCCGUUCAGUGUCAAGUGUUGAGACCCUCUACUUGUCCAAAUCUUCUAACAAGAUCAACGAUGCCGUUGGUCAAGCAUUUUCAGGGGGUGCACGCAUUCCUCCAGGAGGCAAUGAAGGAAUCAACGUUGCUCGCAUUGUGAUUAACGAACUCGACGCGGCACGGUUUGAUCCUUUGCUCGUGAAAGCUGUUUCAAAAAACGCUGCUUCAUGUCUGGGAAAUAUACUCACGAGACUGGAAGGCAUAAUCAUGAAAGACAGGUCCGCGACAACCUUGAUCGGACCCUCGGCUACGCAGCAGCAAAUCUCGAAUGCCAGUCUGGCGAACUUCCUUUACCAGACAUGGGGACGAUUGAGCAAGUUGAACGAAGAGCACGAUGCUGCUGUGUUCAUCAUCCUGGAACCAAGUCUAAAGAAUAUGUACCAAAUGUUUGAAAGCAUCCUUGAUCCACUCACGACUGCCAUACGACGAGAGCUUAGUGCCCUUAUCGCAAAACUCCACAGGGUUGAUUUCUCCAAGGCUGUUGAUCCCAACGCUGGAAUGGGUGGAUCAAGCCUGUACAUGAAAGAGCUGACCGAGAAAUUAUCGUUCAUCAAGUCGGAAAUCAUUACCAGAUACAAUCUCGGCGAGUAUGGGCGGAAAUGGUCAGCAUACGGUCCAUCAAAGGUCAUCCGUCUUGUUGACUUCGUGUAG